AUGAUUAAGAAUAGAAGAAUUGAUUCUUUUUAUAAGAGGAAGAGUUGUGAGGAAGUCGAUACAAAUAUAACUUCCACAUCAUCUGAACCUGAAAAAUGUCUUGAGCAGCAAAGAAAUGAAGAAAGUGAGAAGCAACUUUCCAAAGUUCAUAGAGUGUCUGAUAAUGAAUUUGAAAAUUCAUUAGAACGUGAUCCAGGAAAGCGUCCUCAAAUUUGGCAAUACCCACCAAAUCAAGUAGAUGAAAUACGAAGGGCUUAUCUAAAAUGGGGUCCAUACCAGAUGCAAUUGGAGCAUUAUCCUUGGCCUGGUAAAGAUGAUCAUAAACGACGGUUUCAAUAUAAAUGGUUUAGCGUAUUUCCUUCAUGGUUAGAGUAUUCCCCUACAAAAGAUGCUGCAUAUUGCUUACCUUGUUAUCUUUUUAGCAAAAGGCCAAGUGGGCGUCCUGGAUCAGAUGUUUACAUUGCUAAAGGUUUUAGAUGUUGGAGGAAAGUCAAAAAUGGAAAGAAAUGUGCCUUUCUCAAACACAUUGGGGAUGAUCCUUGCUCACCACACAAUAAUGCAUUGAAAGCUUGUCAAGACUUGUUGAAUCAAGAUAGGCAUAUCAGAAAUGUUUUUCAUGUGCAAAGUUCAAAUCAAAUUAUGCAGAAUCGUUUGCGCCUCAAGACUUCAAUUGAUACAGUUUGCUAUUUAACACUUCAAGCUUGUGCUUUUAGAGGCCAUGAUGAAACUAGUGAAUCAUCAAAUCAAGGUAAUUUUCUUCAAAUGAUAAAACUCUUAGCAUCAUACAAUGAUGAAGUUGCAAAAGUUGUGUUGGAAAAUGCUCCAUAUAGUUCCAAAUAUACUUCUCCAAAAAUUCAAAAGGAGAUCUUGCAUAUUCUUGCUAGUAAAGUGAAAAACCAUAUCCGUGAGGAAAUUGGGGAUUCCAAAUUUUGCAUAAUUGUUGAUGAAACUCGUGAUGAAUCAAAAAAGGAACAAAUGACGUUUGUUUUGAGAUUUGUUGAUAGAAAUGGUUUCAUACAAGAGAGGUUUUUUGAUAUUGUGCAUGUGAAAGACACUACAUCAUUAACUCUUAAGGAAGAAUUAUGUGCUAUACUUUCUCUGCAUAAUCUUAAUGUUACCAACAUUCGUGGUCAAGGUUAUGAUGGUGCUAGUAAUAUGAGAGGAGAAUGGAAUGGACUUCAAGCAUUAUUUUUGAAUGAUUGUCCUUAUGCAUAUUAUGUGCAUUGUUUUGCUCAUCGAUUACAACUUGCCUUGGUUGCUGCAUCAAGAGAAACUAUUCCAAUUCAUCAAUUUUUUUCAAAAUUGACAUUCAUUGUCAAUAUUGUUUGCUCUUCUAGUAAGCGCCAUGAUGAGUUGCAAGCUGCUGUGAUAGAUGAAAUUGCUCAUUUGUUAGAGUUUGAUGAGCUUGAAACUGGUAAAGGGGCAAAUCAAGUUGGUACUUUGAAACGAGCUUGUGAUACUCGUUGGAGUUCACAUUUCUCUUCUAUUUGUACUUUGAUAGAAAUUUAUGGUGCAACUUGUUCUGUUCUUGAAAAAAUUAUUGUUGAUGGAUCAACUUAUUCUCAACGUGGUGAUGCUGAUAGUGCUCAUAGUAGCUUGACCUCAUUUGAGUUUAUAUUCAUCUUGCAUUUGAUGAAAGAGAUUAUGGGGAUAACUGAUGUUCUUUGUAAAGCUUUACAACAACAAUCUCAAGAUAUAGUUAAUGCUAUGCAUUUAGUGCGUUCCACAAAAGCACUCAUUCAAAACUUCAGAGAAGAUGGUUGGGAUAUGUUAUUACAAGAAGUGAAAUCUUUUUGUGAAAAACAUGACAUUGAGAUUCCUCAAUUGAAUACUCCUUAUGUAGCAAGACAUGGACGUGCUCGUCACCAAAAAGAUCACAUCACAAUAGGACAUUAUUUUAGAGUGGAGAUAUUUUUGGUUGCAAUUGACAAGCAAUUACAAGAGUUGAAUAGUAGGUUUAGUGAUCAAGCAAUGGAGUUGUUAACUCUAAGUUCUGCUUUGAUUCCUAAGAAUGCUUAUAAAGCUUGGAACAUUGAUAAGAUUUGCACUCUUGUAGACAAAUAUUAUCCCAAUGAUUUUAGUGAGCAAGAGAAGAUUAAUUUACGAUUUCAACUUCAACAUUUCAUUGUUGAUGCUCAUCUAGAUUCAGAUUUGGAAAAUUUAUCAACUAUUCAAGAAUUGUGUGCUUGUUUGGCAACCACACAAAAGUCUGAAGUUUUCUACUUGAUUGAUAGAUUGCUUCGCCUUAUCAUGACUCUUCCAGUUUCUACAGCUACCACUGAAAGAUCUUUUUCAGCAAUGAAAAUAAUCAAGACUAGGUUAAGAAACAAGAUGGGAGGUGACUUUCUUGCUGAUAGCAUGGUAGUAUACAUUGAAAGGGAGAUUGCAUCAAAUUUUAGUUCUGAUUCUAUUAUGGAUGCUUUCAAGUCAAUGAAAGAACGCAGGGCCGCACUUUAAUUAAAGGUCUCUUAUGAGUUAUGACACAGUGGCUCAGAUUUUACUACUAGACUAUUUUGGAUUGGUGAAUUUGGUAGCGGUCAAGUGUGCAACUUAUCUUGGGCUUUUUUAUGCUAUUUUGGAUUAGUGGAUUAUGCAAUUUAGUUAUGUUCAGUUGUACUUUUAUGUAAUUUU